AUGGGUCAUUUUCAGUACUUUUCUUUAUGUUUUAUUGCAAUAUUUUCUCAAGUGAAUAGUGCUCGAAUUCUUGGCGUUAUCCCAUCGGCUUCUCUCAGUCAUCAAAUCGUUUAUAGACCGAUAUGGAAAGAAUUAAUCUCGAGGGGACACGAGGUUGUAGUUAUUACAACGGAUCCGAUGAAUGAUAAAUCUUUGAGGAAUUUAACCGAAAUAGAUCUUCAUUUUUCUUAUGAUUUAUCAACAAAAAAACAUAAAUUUUCUGCCAAAUAUAAUGAAUUGACUGGUAAUCCAUUACAAAUGUUAAACGCCAUCAUUACAAUGAACGCCGAUAUCUGUAACGAACAGCUUAAACACUCCGACGUCAAAAAAUUAAUCGAUGAUGAGAACGAACAUUUUGAUGUAGUUAUUAUGGAAGUUUUACAACCGUGUAUGUGGGGUUUCGCCCGGAGAUUUAACGCCCCUUUUAUUGGGGUUGUUUCGAUGGACGCUCAAACUGCGGCUUAUGAUAGUAUUGGUAACCCAACUCAUCCCGUUUUAAACCCUGAUUUUAUGUUACCAUUUGCGGGAAAAUUAAAUUUUUUUGAGAGGUUAACCAGUUUUAUCGUUUCUAAUAUUAUAAGAAUUUAUGGCUAUUUAUACAUCAUACCUUUAAACGAUAAAAUAAUUCGAGAAAAUUUCGGAGAAAAUUACCCAUCUAGUUUAGAAUUUAUUCUAAAUAUGGAUUUAUUAUUUAUUAAUGUUCACCCUCUCCUCAAUGGGAUAAGACCUAACGUUCCUGCAAUUGUUAAUAUUGGUGCUGGGUUACACAUUCAACCACUUAAACCAUUACCAGAGGAUUUAAAAUCCUUCUUGGAUAACGCACCAUCCGACGUAAUUUACUUCAGUUUGGGAAGUAACGUGAAAAGUAAAGACAUCAUCCCUUCAACCCGGCAAAUAAUAACCGAAACUUUUGCCGAACUACCAUACACGAUUUUAUGGAAAUUCGAAGCGGAUUCUUUACCAAAUCAACCCAAAAACGUUAAAAUAAUGAAAUGGUUACCUCAACAAGACGUUCUCAGGCACCCGAAAAUAAAAUUGUUCAUUACUCAAGCUGGUCAUCAAUCUAUCGAAGAAGCAAUUUUUAGUCACGUUCCAAUGGUUGUUAUGCCUUUCUUUGCCGACCAAGAAGGUAACGCGAAAAGGAUCGUUUUGAAAGAUAUCGCUGUGAAAGUCGACCAUAAAGAACUCACCAAAGAAUCGUUUAAAUCCUCCAUACUCGAAGUUAUGGAAAAUAAGAAGUAUCGGGAGAAUGUUAAAAAAUUGGCCGAAUUAUUACAAGACGAACCAAUGACGGGGUUGGAAAAAGCCGUUUGGUGGACGGAGCACGUUAUAAGACAUAAAGGUGCCAAACAUUAUCGAAGCGCAGCUAUUGAAAUGCCUUUUUAUGAAUAUUUUCUUUUGGAUGUUAUUGGAUUUUUAUUGUUGGUGCUGUUUGUUGUGAUCUAUUUAAGUUUUAAGAUGUGCAAAUUAGUUUUUAAGGGUAUUCUUAAAUUAUGUGGUGGAGAGAAACCCAAAUUUAAGCGUCAUUAA